AUGAGCACGACACCAACACGAUCAGAGUACCACAGGAAGGAAACACGCACCACCCCAGCACAGAUGGACGUGCAAAAGCGAAAUUUUCCCAGUGGACCAGGGAGACAUCAACCCAAGAAGCCAGCUACAGUGCAGGCGCAUGCGGAAGCACGAAUCCCUAAAGGCAGCGCACGUACACAGGUUACACCUUCCUCCGGUAAGAGUAGUACAAAUGAGAUGGCUGAAUCAAGAGCGCGCACACGACCUUACAACUUGAGGCCACGAACCCCAAAGAGUGACGCGCAGGAAGCGAAAUACGGCAACAAUUGGUUAGUAACGCCCGGCGCCUUACUCCUAAAUGGUUUCUAUUUCCACAUCAUGAUUCUUUCGCUUAUCCAAGUCUGUUCGGGUUGCGCGACGCCUCCUGGGGGUCUUGAGAUGCGCCAAGAAGGGGUUCUACUUACAGUCACAACAGCGCCCCAAGUUCUUGAUACGUGUGCAAAUGAAAUGAGAACCAAAAAUGUUUUUACGGGCACUCACUUGAAUAAGCUUUCAACGAUAAUCUCUUCCGAUGGUCAAUUAUCUCUACAAUACGUUGCGUGUGAUAAUUGCGCCUGUGUUCACAUCACCAACGAAAAAGCUUGGUUAUUCCAAAAGGAGUUGGGAGCUAGCAUUAGCGCACGUAUGCUCACCACCCUUUGGUUAGCGCUAUCAAUUUUACUACGAGAUCCAUCAUGCAUGUUCCCAGAUAAUGCGAAACAUCUUCCACAUGUUCCCACAACACCAACAGUUGCAUCAGACACAGAGAAGCCUUCAUCAGCUGAAGCGUGCCAUCCUCCUCUUCCGGAACCUGGUGUUCUGUAUGACAAGAUCGUCGUGCUUUGUACUGAUCAUUACACUCAUACCCAAGCUGUCACUUCUAUCGAAGAGAAAGUUCGUAGGCUGCGCUCCUCUGAUAAGUCUUCUCAGCAACGCAUCUCAGAGAUAAGCUCACUCAAUCUUGAAAUUGAUUACCUCUAUCUGCAAUUUCGCUUCUGUAGGUCUCAGUUAUUGACUUUUUUCUCCCUUCCACCCUUGCUCAUCGCAAUGGACAAGAUGACGAAGCAGUACUGGGAGACCCUUAUGAGCCAACCGCAAGAAGUCAGUCACAACAAAGCGCUGAUAAUGGACAUGGAUAGUCUGGAGGACAUCACCUCCGACCAACUUCAGAUGCUGAAUUCCCUCCGAUCCUCACUCAACGAUCUACGCAUAGAGGCUCAAAACGACACAGAAGAGGAGCGAUUGACAUUUGAGAGGGAAGUUCGAGACAGACUCGAUCAAAUACAGAAGCUUGCCCUCGGUCUCCAGGACGCCGUCGUGAAUCCUUCGCGCGAACCACAUGCAGCAAAUCAAGAGGCGGGCGAGGGAAUCCGCAGGAUUCGCGAAGAGAACGACGUAAUAAGGGACAACGAAGGAUUCAUCGAAGGAGUGAUGGAAAUGGACGAAAGCGAGGCUGAAGACGAAGACGAAAGCGAGGCUGAAGACGAGGAACAAGAAGCUGAAGAAGAUUUGGACGAUGACAAUAUGGACCACCUCGCUCACGAUGACCUUUCAGACAGUGAGGAAGAACGUGAAGAACACGAAGAGGAGCAUAGGCCGGAUGAUGAAGAGUUGGACCGCAACCAUAUCCCUGAUGACAUUCCACAGAGAGAAGACAGGAGACGAAGUGCGAUUCAGAUCGAACAAGAGAUUCGUAGUGCUGAGCAGGCGGUUCGUAACUUCGAAGAAAUCUUUGCAUCAGUACGAACACGAGCCCCUCUGCCCACCACGUCGCUUUCAACCAAGGGCAAAUCACUAAGGGGCCAUAGGGCUUCACUACUCAGACUCUUGUACCACAUACGCGACCCGUUUGCAAGAAGGGAAAUGAUUACACGUACAGGUCGAUGUCGCACGUGUCUCGAGCGAAUGUGUUCACGUGGAUCUACUUGUAAGAAAUACAUCACGCCAUGUUAUUAUUGCCGUGAACGAGGCCAUCACAGCUCACUAUGCGACUUCCCCGAGCACAGUGAUUACAUACGUUCUCGUUUGGAAGCCGCACGCGAUGGGAGGAUCAGGAGCCUGAAUAAAUUGCAUGACCUUCGACGCGAGCUGGCUUAUAUUGGAUAUAUUCACUAA